CCCAAGCUGGGUGGGCCUGGUGCCAGGACCCUGGGGCUUAGGGCUUGGGAAGGGCUUCCUCUGCUGGAGGAGGACAGCACAGGGGCCAGGCAAGGCUACCCAGUCAUUAACAGGCUCUUCCAGGGAGCAGUCCUGGAGAGGUCAAUGUGCUUCUCAAAGACUUUGGCGACGCCCACCCCAGAGAGUGAGCCAGACUGGGUGAAGACAGGCAACAGGCGCAUGAGCGUUAGAGCCGGGAGCAGCUGGGUCCACGUUCCUCCUCCACCACCCGCCCUGCUUGGGCCACGAAGCCGCUCAAGCCUCAGCUUCUCCAUUUACGAAAAACGCAGAUGACAAUCUCCAGCUCGCGGAGCUGUUGGAGGACAUAAAUGAGACAACAUACGUCGAAUGUCUCACUUAGCGUGGGUGCCCUGCACACACGCGCCAACUGUGUCCCCACCCCAUCUAUAGCCACACACCUGCUCAUCAGGAAGUGAGACUGAGAAUAUCCACUAUCAGUGGAGGGACAGGGAUAAACACUCUUGGCGUCAGUGUUACAAGGGCAGGACUGAUGGAUUGUCCUCAGGGGAGAGGGGACUAGUGUGGGGACAUAACUAUUGGGCAUCAUUUUUCCAGGACCCACUGGGUACCAGGCACUGCUUUUUACACACACUCAUCUGAUCCUCAUGGCAACCCAGGGGGUUGGUACUUGCAGCAGACCAAGGCUCUGGGUGGCGGGGGGGACGGGGUCCCACAAUCCCUGUCUCCUGGUAUCCACACCCUUGUGUGAUCGGUCCCCUCUGUUUGGAUAUGGGUGGGACCUGCUCCAACCAAUAGAAUACGAUAACAGGUGUAUUCCAUGUAUGCGAUCACUUUAUACAAGACUGUAAUGACCUCUUAGGACCACCCCAAUCCCAGGCCAGAUGGACAAACACCAGGGAAGGCAGGCAGAGUUACUGUGAAAAAGGCUCAGGAGCUCAGAAGCUGCCCAGUGAUUUCAAAGGUGGUCGCCCUACCUGCCAUUUAUUCCAGAUCAGGAACCUGGCCAGAAAUCACUUUUUGGUCUUCCCAGAGGAAUGACAUCAUCUCAGGAAACAGUGUCCUGUGUGCUAGAAGACCCAUACCUGUGGUUUUCAAAAGGAAGAUGACCAUUUCGUGGUGCAUUCAGACAGAGCACAGAGUGCUUACCAAAUGGCCUGCCUCCGGCUUCUGUAGACUCACGACAAAGCAGAUCUGAUAAGUUGGUGGGGCCAGGUGGACACUUUGGACCCUGUGGCCUAGGAUGGACAGGCAAGAUGGCUACUUGCCCUCCUUCCCCUCGUUUCUGUUACCAGAUUUUGAUAUCAAAUAUCCCUGGGGCACUGGUGCCUUCUCUGACAGGAGGGAGUUGGAUUUGUCCUUUAGACCUUGGCCAGGUACCCCCAGGGGCAAGAGCCCACUGAGCUUGAGGGACCUCUAAACUCAAGAGAAAGUCUUGGCCUGGAGUCCUACUGAAGGAGUGGCGAGAAGUCUGUGCCGGCUCAGAAUCUGGGGCAGGGAGGUCUGCAUGAGGUCUGGGCACAGACCCAAGGCCGGGAGGAAGGUCGGGGAUAGAGCCUGCCAUGAAAACUGGGGAGGGGGUGCUCAGGAAGGGGGCUGCAUGCAGGGGAAUCGUGGGAGCGAAGUGAAGUGUUGAUCUUACGGAGCCAUCCAGGCCCUGGGCACAGUGCCCUGGGGUGUCUCUGUACCCAGAGAGUGGCCUCUUGCCCCUUGCGGCUCGUGACCUUGUGCCAACGGGUCCAGACUGACCCAGCUCCACCCGCCCCUACCCUUCGGCCCUGCCUCUGCCAGCCCCCAGCGGUGGGAGGCCUCCCCCAGCUCUCGGUGGGUCCGCCCCUUGCCGGCCCCCUGCGGGUCAGGCCCUGCCCCUCCCGGCAGCCCCUCCCGCUGGCCACGCCCUGUGCGGGCCCCGCCCCACUUUAAGGUUGCUCUGCACCUGGGCGGCCUCACUUGUGUCUCCAGGCCCGCGGGGGAUGCGCUCUCGCCAUGGCCUCUGGGGCUUCUCCGAUCCUUGGGAUGCCCCCGCACCGUCUGUGGGCCCGGAGGCCUGGCAUCUACGAAGACGAGAAGGGGAGGACCUGGGUGACGGUGGUCGUGCGGCUCAGUCCCUCCCAGAGAGCUCGGAGCAGGGCCUCCCCAGGCGGCACACAUGAGCCUGAGCCCAGCGUCACAGUCCACAUGUGGCAGAUGCCAGUGCACCCCCAGGAGCCCGUGUCCCCCAGCCAGCUGACCCUGUCCCGGCUGCCCCUCGUGUGGCAGCUGUACUCUGGAAGAAGGUACAGAGCAAUGGAUUCCAGGCUCUGGGAAAUAGUGAGCCAUGGCCAGAUCGACUCCACAGAGGAGCUGGUCCUGACAGAGCUGCCACCAGGGAAUGGCUGA